AAGCCUAACGGAUAUUAAGCGCUUCAGCCAGUCAGACUCGGAGACUGUAGCCUUUCCUUCUCCGGCGGCGGCUGCCGCAUUGGCUCUCCGGAAGAGAGAUGGUGAGAUUUAAAAACAGGUACUUCCUCUGUGAGAUACUGUGUGAAGACCCGCGUUGCCGCCAGCUCAUUGAGGAGCGCACGGUGCACAGUGCAGUGAAGAACAUAGUGGGCCGGAUGUAUGGCGACUUCGGCUUGGCCUGCUGCUCCAUUGCCUUUUCAGUGAAGUACCUCAAUGCCUACACUGGGAUCGUCCUCUUAUGUUGCCGAAGAGACUUUUAUCGGCUCCUUGGGUCGUCGUUGCCUUUUAUCACUCACUUAGAGAACAAGAACCAGCGCUAUCCCUGUUCAUUUAAUAUGCUGCAUAUUGGAGCCACAAUCCGCACCUGUCAGAAAUUCCUAAUUCAUUACAACCAGGACCAUCUGCUGUCGGUGCUAGACAAUUGCACCAGUGAAGCAGACAAACAAGCCAUCCAGGAGUCAGUCCAGAGCUGGGCGCUUGAAGGAGAGUCAUCCUUUGAGAGCAAAGAUGAAAGUGAGGACAGCACGGCGAUGGAUUGAGCCGCUCCUCUCCUCCAGACAGCCAUAACAGACAGUCUCAACGGUGCUUCCCAGCAAGAGUGAAACCCUCCCUCCACUCUCUUUUGCCUGUGUUGAUUUUAUGUGUUGAUAAAAUAAGUUAAAAACAAA